AUGACGGUCUUUGGAACUUGCUCCCCUCCCCGGACAGAACAAGCGGGGAUACCUAGCCCAAGUCUGAACACCAAGGGACUCAAGCGGUCAAGUCGCUCCCGGCAUCCUGACUUUGGUCGUAUCAUCUGGACCAUCGUCAAUAGAAGUAACGCCCUCCUUCCUGGUUCCCCGAAUUAUUUGGCCUUGAACCAGUUGCUCGAAAUCUGCCCUCCGGCGAAAGUACCGCGGCCGCUCCAAUUUGCCACCUAUCUGGCAUUUGGCCUUCAAACGAUGGCGUCCACGACUAGCAAUGGCCUUCCCAAUGGCAGCGCCCAUACCAUACGCUUCAUCCCGUCUCGGUAUGAUAGCCAAGACUCCCAACAGUCUGCCACCCGCCUGAUCCUCGCCGUGCGACCGGAGUGGGCCUCCCCGGAUUCCAAAAUCGAGUUCGUGCGCUUCACCGACGGCAUCACCAAUACCCUACUGAAGGCGAUCAACAAGAAGGGCGGGUGGUCCCAGGACAAGGUUGAUUCUGAAGCCAUCCUGCUGCGAGCCUAUGGCGCUGGCACGGCGGUUCUCAUCGACCGCGAGCGGGAGGCCCAGAACCAUGCGCUGCUGAUGAAGUACGGUCUCGCCCCCGAACUCAUUGCGCGCUUCAACAACGGCAUGUUGUACCGCUACAUCAAGGGCAGGGUUACCACCCCAGACGACCUUAGGAAGCCUUCGAUUUACUGCGCCGUCGCGAGACGCUUGGCGCAAUGGCACGCUACCGUGCCUUGCAUCCCUUCGUCCCCCAGCCCGCUUACCAACGGCGUCUCCCGGGGAGCUACCGGCGGAGACAGCAACGAUGGCCGAAAUGGUCAUGUCGACCACCACCACCACCACGACGCUGCGCGGCAAUUGGCUACCCAAGCCCUCAUCGACAACACCGCCCCCGGAAAACUUGCCCCCAACCUCUGGACCGUCAUGCGCAAGUGGAUCCUCGCCCUACCAACUGCCACCCCGGAACAGAGGGCGAGACAAUCCGAGCUUCAAGAGGAGCUAGAUAGCUUAGUCAAGCAGCUUAGCCAGCGCCCCGGCCUGGGCGACAAUGGGCUCGUCUUUGCCCAUUGUGACCUCCUGUGCGGCAACGUGAUUGUGCUCCCCCCGCAGUCCAGCGGUCCGCCAAAUGACGAUAAUGAUGACGAUACCCCCUCAGUCAGCUUCAUCGACUACGAGUACGCGACGCCUUCUCCCGCCGCCUUCGACCUCGCCAACCACUUCGCCGAGUGGGGCGGUUUCGAGUGCGAUCACAGCGUCCUCCCCACGCGGUCCCAGCGGCAGGAGUUUAUCCAGCAAUACAUCGAGUCCUACUAUAACUUGCUACCGGGGGAGGCCAAGGUCGAUCGGAAGGCCGAAGUCGCCAAGCUGAACGCCGAGGUCGACCUCUUCCGGGGCAUACCCGGGUUCUACUGGGGCAUCUGGGCCCUGAUCCAGGCUAUCAUUUCCGACAUCGACUUCGACUACGCCUCGUACGCGGAGACCAGGUUGGCCGAGUACUGGGCUUGGAAGGCCGAAGCUGAUGCGAGCAGAGCCGCCUCUGGACGGGAGCUGCCCCUCAGGGAAAGGAGAUGGUGCCAAGACGAAGUUACAGAGAUGAAGCUCCGGCAUACAAUUUCUGGACGGACCAUUUCAACUACGCCACAGAGGUAGACGACGGAUGGAGGGAUGGAGCAUGGGGGUUAUAUUCAUAUGGGCCGGCGUUCAUUCAACAUGAGCUCAAAAUAGCGCUUGGGUAGAGCUCGGGGUUGCAUUGCAUUACAAAACAAUACAGGUGCAUAUUAUGGACAGCACUAUUAUGAUUUCGCAAUUCUCUCAAGCUUCUUUUAGUUAUCAGGGCCUUUUGUUGUUCUAACCCAACCCCCGCGCACAUCCGCCGAUUACGCUUCUCAAGGGGAACCGUUGGAAGAAACGCGGCUGCCAAACAAGAAAGCAAAACAAAACAACGCUGUCAGAAGCUGGCCGUACCCGAGAGCUGUGUAGCGUCAAGUACUACCGAGAUAAAAGCAAGACAGAGACAGUUGGUUACGGGGCGUGUACUCGGACCUGAUGAGCUAAAGGCACGUCUCUCCGUAUGGCCGUACUUUUAGUUCGCCUAUGUAAACAUAUAAGGC